AUGAACCCGGCCCCUUUCCAUAUUCCCAAGAAACCCAAAACAUGCCGUACACAGGACAACCAUCGUAAUCAGGACAACCAUCGUAAUCAGGACAACCAUCGUAAUCAGGACAACUAUCGUACACAGGACAACCAUCGGAAUCAGGACAACCAUCAGGAUCGUAACUAUCAGGAAACCUACCAAAGACCGCUAAGAGAACAACCCCACAUGUACCAUGCAAUACGACAGAAGCAGACUAACACUCCCCCACAGGACACGCUUGAGGCAUUCCUUGUUUCCUAUAUGUUGCUCAAGACUGGUAAAUCUGCACCGGAGUUACAUGCGGACAUGUCACUGUUAGACGUGCCAUUGCUGACGCCGUUAAUUGGACCUGCAUCAGAAACCAUUCGCGUGGGGGAUGUUCGUCAAUGCGCCGCGAUCUACUUCCGAAAUGACUUUCGAGAGGCGGGUCCGGAGUUCGCGGCAUUGGUGAAGCAUAUUUAUGAACACCUAAUAAAGGCGGGAGUAAUACGGAAAUCCUUACCACCACCACCACCGCCACCGCCGCCUGGUGGUCGGUUGACACAGCCGACUUCGGCUGCGUCGACUGCGGUUUCCACUCCCCGGUUACCGGAGAGUGAGCCUCCAGCUGCACCGUUGGGUACUCGACGAGUAACUAUUCGUAAAGGCGUGGGUGGUCGCUUGCUCAUCAACUACCGUGGCUGGGGUGUCAAGAAGGUUCAGCAACAGGCUAACGAUAAGUGGGCGGCGACCUUUGAACUAGAUAUGGACGAAGACGAAGAGGAACCAUCACUACUCGGCGCAGCUGCCGGAAUCAAUACGCCCUUGGGCACCACCGUCGUGUCCAACGGUGAUGCCGCUCAGUCCGGUUCAGGGUCCACGUCGGGAUCGGGGCCGAUAAUGGGAGUGAAGCGAGUGGAGUUCGACCCAAAGGAGUGGUCGGAGCCCAUAGCUCGAGCGAAGGCGGAAGCCUUCGAGUUCAAGCUCGACCGUGGCUGUCAGGUCAUGCUAGCUGAUGCAACACGGCGCACAAAGAGCGUAGAGACACGCGGCUCCUCUCUGCGCAUGAAGGCUUACGCCAGACGCAUAAAGGCACUCCCAUGGCCGCAAGGUGCCGGUACGCAUUGCUGCAGCUGUACCUGCCCUCAACUCCAGGCGCCGCUUCGCCAUUGCAAGUCCUGCGAAUGUUUCGAACAUGCCACGGAACGUAACCCUCCUCCCGAACAUGACCGACCAAUCUGCGCAGUCGUACAUGCCGAACACACCCUCUACGUACCCACUCGACGUACCCCUCCCGUCCUCGACAAAGCCGCACCCUGGCGCUUUGAAAGCUUAUAUUUCUCGUAA